AUGGCAUCUCAGCUCCCUAUUACGAUCAAGAACCAGACGUUGUCAGCCGGUUCAACUGCGCUGCGGGGGAAGAAACGUCCUUGUAGUCCGGCGGUGUCUGUCGCCCAGCAACCCGGCGGAGGCACCAAGAAGAAGAAAGCUCCGUUAAUGACACAAAUUACACUGAGUCAGAAUGUAGCUUGUUUGGAGAUGUCACCAGUGGAAGUUGUAACUGACAUGAAGGCGACUGGAUUGGUGGAGAGCACUCCAUUAACAAGCAGCAGUACCAGCAUAGAAUGGACUGCCAAGGCACCGCCAUUCAAGGAUCCCACAUUCAUGCAUUCUGGGAUUGGUGGAGCGGCUGCAGGCAAAAAGAAUAGGACCUGGAAGAAUCUCAAACAAAUUCUGGUUUUGGAACGGACUCUACCGUGGAAGAUGGAUGACCCAAACUACUACAACAUUGAUGCUCCUCCCUCUCUGAAACCAUCUAAAAAAUACUCCGACAUAUCAGGAUUACCUGCAAAUUACACAGACCCACAGACCAAACUACGCUUCACAUCCACAGAGGAAUUCUCUUAUAUUCGCCUCCUCCCAACUGAUGUCGUUACAGGCUACCUAGCCCUGCGAAAGGCAACCUGCAUUGUACCCUGA